AUGAGUCACAUUACACAUGAGCAUCAGGGAGAAGGUGGGCCGCUCGGUCGCGUGGCGGUUGUCGUCCCCACGUACAACGAGGCUGACAACCUUCCCGAGUUGGCCAGCCGGCUGUUCGGGCUCGACCUGGAGGACAUUCGUCUCUAUGUCGUGGACGAUAGCUCACCUGACGGAACUGCCGAGGUUGCCCGCAAACUGUCGGACGAGUACGAGAACAGAAUCGAGGUCAUAUCCAGGAGCGGUAAACAGGGACUUGGGACCGCGUACACGACGGGCUUCGCCAGGGCGCUCUCAGAAGAAGUGGACUACGUGGUGCAGAUGGACGCCGAUCUCUCCCAUGUGCCGGAGGAGAUUCCACAUAUGCUGGGGAAACUCAGACGGUCCGACGUUGCGGUCGGCUCCAGGUACACGACAGGCGGUGGUCUGGAUCCAGAGUGGAGCGCAAAGCGCAGGAUGCUGAGCGGUUUUGGCAACCAUCUCAUUCGGUCCGUCACGGGGGUGAGGGUCAUGGAUGCGACUUCGGGUUUCAAGGUAUAUCGGGCGGACGCGCUGCGGUCUCUGGACCUAUCGAGGAUCAGGUGCAUCGGCUUCGGCUUCCAGGCCGAGGUCGCCCACUACUGCCAGGCAAGCGGCCUGGAAGUGGUGGAGCACCCAAUUACGUUCAUGGAGCGAACUCGCGGGGUAUCGAAGAUGUCGGUCAGGAUAAUUGCCGAGGCAAUGUGGAAACUUACUUUACUCCGGAUUAGAACGUUUUAA